AUGGCCCCGAAGAAGGUAGCAAACAACUCUACGGACCAACGAAACGCAGCCAAUAGCCCAAAACACAAUGAGGAGCUGAACGAAAAGAAGGCGAGAGAAGCGCCAAAACGCAGCACAAAAAGCUCUGCCAAGAAACGAAAAGCGAAAGAUGACCCAGCAAGAGGAAAUGCGAAAAGUGCCCGGCACUCCUCUCGUGGGGCAGCUCCAACAAUUGUUGACCCUGUCAAGCUGAUAAAUUAUCUUUUGUCGCCAGAAGCAUUGCCUUUUUGUCGACCAAAAGACGAAGGCGCGGAUAUUGAGGCCCGCGGUAAACAGAUCCGUGUCUACAGUGAAUCUACAUUCACUCCUUUUGAAGAACUGGAAUGCGCGCUCAUCCUCAGCCGACCGAUCGGCCACAUGCUAGGCUUGCGCUCCAUUCGGACGCUUUUCAACGAGCCACACAACCUGACAUCCCCCAAGGCCAUCAGGACUGGGGGCAGAGAAGCAUGUAUAGCGGCGCUGAACUACGCUCGAACUCAGCACCGACAGAAAACUGGAGAAGAAUUGGUACUUCUGGCUGAUUCAGUUGCCAAUUCCUUAGGCAAAGGGGAAGAGGACGUCUAUUUGGAGCGAUUGAGGGACGAAUGUGGGCAUGAUGCUGAAAAGGAGAGAGAGAUGCUCAAAAAGAAUGUAAAGGGCAUGGCAAAGACGGGGAUUGAUAUUUUCGCUAGGAGGAUUCAGGGAGUCUGGAAAGAAUGGUAUCCUUUCGCCGAUGACAAGACGCUGAAAGCUAUCGAGGACCUUGGCUUGAAGGGGGACGAGCUUGAAUUGGUCAAGAUUCUCGAGGACAAUUGGAAAGAGAUUCGAACGGGUGAUUUUCAUGGGAGCGAUGAGGAGAAAAAAAGGAAAGUCUUUGUGAAGGUGUUGGAAAGGGCAAUUGGCGCCGAACUGCAAGGGAAUACCGAAGAUGUCAAGAAAGUAGUAGGAAGAUCCGGAUGA